CCAUCAAAAAAAAUCAAAUAUCAUAAUUUAUAUUUAUUUUUAAAAAUGGCUAGAUUGAGUUCAAAUUUGAUGAUUUUGGCGAUUUGGGCAGUGACAACAAUGUUGUUUAUGAGCAAAGCGACCGAGGGGUGUCAAGGAGACCUUCAAGGACUAAUAACACAUUGUGCAAUUUACGUGCAGAAAGGGACGCCGAUGAUAAAACCAUCGGCGCCAUGUUGCGAUGCAGUGAGGACGGUGGACAUUCCUUGUGCUUGUCAACACAUAACAAAGGAAAUCGAAGGAUUAGUGGACAUGAACAAGGUCUUUAAUCUUGCUUCUUCUUGUGGUAGACCUCUUCCUCAUGGAACCAAGUGUGGAAGUUCAACAGUUCCAUGAAGUUUGGUGAAGAAAUUAUAUAUAUAUAUAUAUAUUAAUAAUAAAUAAUAGAAAAAUAAAAGCUCUUUAUGAUUUCAGAAAAAAGAAAAACAAAGAGCUCUUUAUAUGUGUUGUUUAUCUAUUUAUGUAAUAUUGUUGAUAGCUAAUAUUGGAAAAUGAUUAUUAAGAAGCAAUAAACUCAGCUUUUGUUUUCUAUUAAUA